AUGGCAAACUCUGGUGAAUCUAUUGCUAUGCUCCCCAAUAGUGAAAAAGAUGCACCGACUGUUGCAAAUGUCGAGGAUGAUAUCGCCCUCAAACCAAACCGAAAAUGGUGGCAACUGGCUGAAAAGGACAAGACUGCUAAAGAUCCCCCCAAGAACGUGCCUUAUCUCAAGUUGUUUAGAUUCGCCUCUCCUUUGGACCGUCUUUACAUUUUCAUUGGACUCGCUAUGGCGACGGCACAGGCCUUCCUUGGGUGUGGUGGUAUCGCCACGUAUUUCAACCGUGCCAUUCACAUAAUGCCGUUAAUGACCAUUGUAUUCGGCAACGGAAUUCAGGCCAUCAUCACUUAUUCGCCCUUGAUACCUGGCUCUGCUGAUAACUUGAACACUCAAGUUACGACCGCAGUUAUAUAUUUAUGCAUCAUUGGAGUGGCCAUGUUUACCGCCGCUUAUCUCAAUAUGACGAUGCUCAUGCUAUCUGCUGAAAACCAGUCUCGACGCAUCCGUCAGCGAUACUUUGCUGCCCUUUUGAGGCAAGAUAUUGGGUACUUUGACGCUACUCAAACUGGAGAACUAACGUCGCGUAUGAGUGGCGAUUUGGGACUCAUUCAAGAUGGCAUUGGCGAAAAGGUCGGAGUCGCUGCACAAUCCAUUGUAACCUUUAUUGCAGGAUUCGUGAUCGCUUUCGUGCGUGGGUGGAGGCUGGCUCUUGUGCUCCUAUCAGUUUUUCCUGUGCUUGCUGGUGUAGCAGCUUUAGUUGGCUCUGUCGUUGGGUCCGGAACCGGUGCUUCUCAAGAUGCAUAUGCAGAAGCUGGAUCAAUAGCUUCAGCUGUUAUUAGCAGUAUCCGCACUGUAGUCGCUUUUGGUGGAGAAGCAAAUGCUGUCAAGCAAUAUUCCAAAAAGCUCGACGAUGCUAUGAAGAGUGGCAUCAAACGGGCUAUAUUCACGGGCAUGGGCAUUGGAGCCGUUAUUAUGGUUGUGUUCAACACAUAUGCAUUGGCGUUCUACUAUGGAUCGAAACUCAUUGGAUAUGGGAUCAUGAAUGGAGGCGAGGUGCUAAAUGUUUUCUUCUCGGUGAUCAUUGGGGCGUUCAGUAUUGGUCAAGCCUCACAGCCUGUUGCAGCCAUGAGCUCUGCGCAAGGUGCUGCGUACCGUAUCUUUGAAACCAUUGAUAGGGUCUCGCCUAUCGAUUACAAGAGUAAAGAAGGCAAAAAGCUCGAAAAAGUUGAUGGAAAUAUUGAAUUCAAGAAUGUUGACUUCAGAUACCCUACUCGACCUGAUGUUCAAGUCCUGGCCAAUUUUAAUCUCACUGUCAAAGCUGGUAGCACUGUAGCGUUGGUGGGAGGAUCAGGAUCUGGAAAAUCGACAAUUGUAAAAUUGGUCGAACGAUUCUACGAUGCUGAAAAGGGAGCGAUUCUAAUUGAUGGAAUUGACGUCCGGGAAUACCAAGUCAAUUCACUUCGUCAGCAUAUUGGAAUAGUCUCUCAAGAACCUGUGUUGUUUGAUGCCAGCAUAAGGCGCAACAUCCUCUAUGGCUUGCCAGAGGAGUCAAUUGGCUCGUAUACGGAAGAACAGUUGGAUCAGUUGGUCAAACAUGCCUGUAAACUUUCGAAUGCUUGGGAUUUUGUGACCAAGCUACCUAAAGGAAUGCAUACUAUGGCUGGAGAGGCCGGUAGUAUGCUUUCGGGAGGUCAGAAACAGAGAAUCUCUAUCGCCAGAUCGGUCAUAAAGAAUCCCUCCAUACUUUUGCUUGAUGAAGCUACAGCGGCCUUGGAUACUAUCAGUGAAAGACGAGUUCAAGCUGCUCUCGACAAUGCAUCGAAAGGAAGAACAACCAUCGUCGUGGCACACAGAUUGUCCACCAUUAAGAACGCAGACGUCAUCGUAUGCAUGAAGGAGGGUGUCAUAGUCGAAACUGGAACACACAACGAGCUACUCGACAAGAAUGGGUACUACUCUAGUCUCGUUGAAGCUCAAAAUCUACGAUUUGGUGGUGACGCCGCACUGCAUCACAAGGACUAUUUGGCUGAUGAAGACGAUGAUGACUUUUUACCACCACAAGCAUCACCAACUCUAGGUCCUCGUCGAGGUUCUGUAGCAACUUCUUUCGUUAGUAAGAUGUCUGAUGGAGUGCAUGUUGCUAUGGGUAGUCUGAGUCGUCGAGGAUCCAAAACACCAUCGUAUGCCGCUGUACAGGAAGCUGAAAAGAAUGCAGAAAUUGAAGAAAGGUCAAAGCAGUUGAGGAGGCCUGUUAAUUGGUGGCGUCUCAUUAAGAUGAAUGCUCCAGAAUGGUGGAUCCUGCUAAUUGGACUAACUGGAAGUGUAGCCAAUGGUGUCACUUUUCCUGUCUUCGCUUUGGUUUUUGGCCGAAUUUUGGCCGUAUUUGGCAACCCUGAUAUAGAGCAGAUGCAACGGGAUGCCUCCUUUUGGGCGUCAAUGUUCGUAGUUCUGUCGGUCGUGGCAGGGUCUGCGAAUUUUUCGCAAAUGGCUUUGUUUGGCAUUGCUGGUGAGCGCCUGACGAGGCGUCUCAGAGAGAUGUCCUUUAGAGCUAUUGUUAGUCAAGAAAUCGCAUUCUUUGAUGAAGACAAGAACUCGACUGGUGCUUUGACUGCCCAGCUUAGUGAAAAUGCGUCGUUGGUUGCUAAAACUACCAGUAAUGGGGCUGCAACCCUCGUACAAGUCACAGCGACGUUGACUGCUGGAUUGGUUAUAGCGUUCUCCAACUCCUGGCAACUCACGUUGAUCAUACUCGCGAUUGUACCUCUGAUUGCUGUGGCUGGUGCAAUAGAGUUCCGGCAGAUGACCGGAACCGGUUCCCGCAGCAAGGUUGCUCUAGAAGAGAGUAAUCGAAUCGCCAAUGAAGCAAUUUCAAACAUCAGAACGGUUGUGACGCUAGCUCGUGAAGAAACCUUUUUGCAGUCUUAUGUCACUAGUAUCGAAAAACCACAUCAAAUAGCUAUACGAGGAGCACUGACCUCGUCUAUUGGUUAUGGGAUAAGUCAAGGGGCAAUGUUCUUUGCGUUUGGUCUAUCCAUGUUUUAUGGUUCUCGGCUCAUCCUGUGGGGUAUUCAAACGCCUCAGCAGAUCUUGUCUUGUCAAUUUGCUGUCAUCUUCACUGCUCAGGGGGCAGGUCAAAUCUUGACUCUGGCUCCCGACAUAACCAAGUCUGGCUUGGCCGUCCUUUCAAUUUUCGACAUACUCGACCGUCUACCACGUAUUCUCGCCUCUUCAUUAUCGGGCCAAGUGCCCAAGACUGUUGAAGGCAAUGUCAGCUCUAGUGAAGUUGAAUUCACAUAUCCAACUCGACCUGAUACCAAAGUGCUGAAUGGUUUGAACAUUGAAGCUAAAGCCGGAACUGUCGUUGCUUUGGUCGGGUCCUCAGGCUGUGGGAAAAGUACCGUCAUUGCACUUUUGGAGAGAUUCUAUGACGUUGAUGAUGGUGAAGUAUCAGUCGAUGGGAUUCAAGUCAAGGAUUGGAUAGUUUCAAAGUUACGAAGUAAUAUGGCUCUUGUUGGACAAGAACCUGUAUUGUUCUAUGGAACCAUCAAGGAGAAUAUUGCUUAUGGAGUAGAAGGAGACGUGUCAAUGGAAAGGAUAGAAGAGGCUGCUAGAAUCUCAAACUGCCAUGAAUUCAUAGCGUCUAUGCCAGCUGGCUAUGAGACCAUGGUUGGAGAGAAAGGAGCACAGCUCUCUGGAGGGCAAAAGCAACGCGUGGCACUCGCUCGUGCGUUGAUCCGUCAGCCAAAGAUACUGCUUUUAGAUGAAGCAACCAGUGCUUUGGACUCUCAAUCAGAAGCUAUAGUACAAGAAGCCUUGGAUCGAGCGAGCAAGGGUAGAACUACCGUCGUGAUCGCACACCGACUGUCCACCAUCCAAAAUGCCGAUAAAAUAUAUUAUCUCAAAGAUGGCAUAGUCGCAGAAUCAGGCACUCAUAAAGAGCUAGUGCAAAAGGGAGGCCUUUAUGCCGAAUUGGCUGCUCAACAAGAAUUAAACAAGCAACCUCAAGCUUAA